UCCUUCCGUUCUUAUUUCUUUGCCUGCCUCAUCAUUCUUUUGCUUAAAGCAAAUGUUUUGAAUAUUAUAAGGUGGUAACACUGAAAACAUUAGAAUGGGAUAACUCAGAUUCUACCCUCUCCCAGGGUUUGUUGUCGCUGCUAGCUAUGGGGUGUGGUUAUUUAGUGAUGUUGCUAAAUUAUAUUUGUAAAGACUGUAUUCCUUCUUAGAAGUGGCCGUUGGAUUCUCUGUUCCAUUGGCUUAGUGGUCAGCUAGUGAUUUGACAGGGAUUUCCUUAAACACCUGGAGAAAAAAAACAAAACAAAACAAAAAACAACCUGCUCUUUGCAGACCGGUUCUGUGUGGAAGCACUUCCUCAGUGCUUAUCCAGGCCAUUUACAACUCUGCCUUAGCCUUUAUUUUCUGCUUGCACAGAGCCUAAAAGUCAAGCAGAGUGAAAGUUUAGGAUUUUCUCAGGUCUUCUCUGCAUGCGUCGAGCCCUGGGCAUGUGUGUGAUCUUCUAGAUUGUCUGGUAUACAUGGAGCUUUCCAAAAGCUUUUUUUCUCUAAUGUGCCUCUUUUUCCAGCCUCUUCCUUCUCUGGCUCUUUGGUGUGUCUGCUGCCUGCCCCAUCUGUUACCCCUUGCUCCAAGUGACCAUGGCUGGUAUACAUGCCUUUAAAGGCUUUUGAAACACUGCCCAGGAGGCUGCUCCAGCUCUGAGAAAGUUCUGAGUUGGAUGAAACAAAGGCAAGCCCCUUGAGUGAUCCCCCAGAGAGCCGCCAAGCCGGUUAGCAACACACAACCACAGUUCUUUGCUAACAAGAAUUUGGAUGCAUAGCAAGAUGUUCUGAAGAACAGCAGCAACCCUCUGGGGGAUGGUAACUUCAACAUCAUGAGCAAAGACAAAGAACCUACUGUCAUAAGCCUUCAUUCUGUGUAUGUCAUGACCUUAGUAUGGGGAACCCUAAUCCAGUUCUCUGAAGAAAGUGAAUUUGUGGUAGACAAGUCAAAAAUAGGCCUUACUCGUGUUCCAAAAGACCUGCCACCCCAAACCAAAGUCUUAGAUGUGUCUCAAAACUACAUAACUGAGCUUCACCUCUCUGACAUCAGCUUUCUCUCGCAGCUGACGGUUUUGAGACUUUCCCAGAAUAGGAUGCAGUGCCUUGAUAUCAGUGUUUUCAAGUUCAAUCAGGAUUUGGAAUAUUUGGAUUUAUCUCACAAUCAGUUGCAGACAAUCUUGUGCCAUCCCAUCGCCAGCCUCAAGCAUUUGGACCUCUCAUUCAAUGACUUUGAAGCCCUGCCCAUCUGUAAGGAGUUUGGCAACUUGACGCAACUGAAUUUCUUGGGAUUAAGUGCUACAAAGUUACAACAACUAGAUCUACUACCAAUUGCUCACUUGCAUCUAAGUUGCAUCCUUCUGGAUUUGGAACAUUAUUACGUGAAAGAAAAUGAGAAAGAAAGUCUUCAAAUUCUGAACACAAAGAAACUUCACCUCGUCUUUCAUCCCAAUAGCUUCUUCUCUGUCCAAGUAAACAUAUCGGUUAAGAGUGUAGGGUGUUUACAACUGGCUAAUAUUAAACUGAGUGAUGACAACUGUCAGGUUUUCAUUACAUUUUUAUUGGAACUCACUCAAGGGCCAACCUUACUAAAUUUUACGCUCAACCAUGUGGAAACAACUUGGAAAUGUUUGGUUGGAGUUUUUCAAUUCCUUUGGCCCAAACCUGUAGAAUAUCUCAGUAUUUACAAUUUAACAAUAGUUGAGAGCAUUGAUGAAGAAGAUUUUAUUUAUUAUGAAACGACAUUGAAAGGACUGAAAAUAGAACACAUUACAAAGAGAGUUUUUAUUUUUUCACAGACAGCAUUAUACAAAGUGUUUUCCGAUAUGAAUAUCAGGAUGUUAACCAUAGCAGACACACAUUUUAUACACAUGCUUUGUCCUCAGGUACCAAGCACAUUUAAGUUUUUGAACUUUACCCAGAAUGUUUUCACAGAUAGUGUUUUUCAAAAUUGCAAAACUUUAGCCAGAUUAGAGACACUUAUCUUACAAAGGAAUAAAUUAGAAGACCUUUUCGAAAUAAGCCUCAUGACUAAGGAUAUGCUAUCUUUGGAAAUACUGGAUGUUAGCUCGAAUUCUUUGGAGUAUGAUAGACAUGGUGAAAAUUGCACUUGGGUUGGGAGUAUAGUGGUGUUAAAUUUAUCUUCAAAUAUACUCACUGACUCUGUUUUCAGAUGUUUACCUCCCAGGGUCAAGGUUCUUGAUCUUCACAAUAACAGAAUAAGGAGCAUCCCUGAGGAUGUCACCCAUCUGGAAGCUCUGCAAGAACUCAAUGUUGCUUCCAAUUCUUUAGCUCACCUGCCUGGAUGUGGUUCCUUUAGCAGCCUUUCCAUUCUGAUCAUUGACUAUAAUUCCAUUUCCAACCCAUCAGCUGACUUCUUCCAGAGCUGCCAGAAGAUUAGGUCCCUCAAAGCAGGGAACAAUCCAUUCCAAUGUACAUGUGAGCUAAGAGACUUCAUCCUUGAGCUAAAAGACUUCAUCCAAAGUCUAGGUCAAGUAUCGAGUGACGUGGUAGAGGGUUGGCCUGAUUCUUACAAGUGUGAGUAUCCAGAAAGCUAUAAGGGGACUCUGCUCAAGGACUUCCGUGUAUCUGAAUUAUCCUGCAACACAGCUCUGCUGAUUGUCACCAUCGGAGUCACUGGGCUGGCAUUGGCUCUUACCAUGACCGGCCUCUGUGUCUACUUUGAUCUGCCCUGGUAUCUCAGGAUGCUGUGUCAGUGGACCCAGACUCGGCGCAGGGCUAGGAAUGUACCCUUAGAAGAACUCCAAAGAACUCUCCAGUUCCAUGCCUUCAUUUCAUAUAGUGAACAUGAUUCUGCCUGGGUAAAGAAUGAACUGGUACCUUGUCUAGAAAAAGAAGGUAUAAAGAUUUGUCUCCAUGAGAGAAACUUUGUUCCUGGCAAGAGCAUCAUGGAAAAUAUCAUAAACUGCAUUGAGAAAAGCUACAAGUCCAUCUUUGUUUUGUCUCCCAACUUUGUCCAGAGCGAGUGGUGCCACUAUGAACUCUACUUUGCCCACCACAACCUCUUCCAUGAAGGGUCUGAUAACUUAAUCCUGAUCUUGCUGGAUUCCAUUCCACAGUAUUCCAUCCCCAGCAGCUAUCACAAACUCAAAGCUCUCAUGGCACAGCGAACUUAUUUGGAAUGGCCCAAGGAGAAGAGCAAACAUGGACUUUUUUGGGCUAAUCUGAGAGCAUCCAUUAAUAUUAAAUUGAUGGAGAAAGCAGAAGAAAUAAGUUACACACAGAUCUAAAAAUAUUCCUCUGCUGCUUUUGGAAGCCUCAACAAUGACUUUAUCUUGCAUCAACACAGACAUAAACAUGAUUUUUGAAUUGAGGAUGUAGAUAAAAAUGUAUACAUCCUUUUGGGUCCCAGGUCCCCAUGUAUACAUGGUAAUAAAAGUUGAUGAAGUGA